AUGCAGAAGCAAGAGUUCUUAGAAGUGUUUGAGGCAGUAACUCUAGUCACAAAAACUGCUGCGAGAGAAGACAGUAAGAAUAAGAAUUCUCCGGCUGUCUCGAGGUGUGUCGACGCAAUGGUAUCUCUACGCCCACGUCCUCGUGAUCAAGGUCAAAGUCGACCGGUGGUGGUGAACAAGAAGAAGCGUUUGGAGAUUGUUUCGAGGACGGAUGCAGAUUCUAACCGAGACAAAGUGCGUGAGAUUCUGCACAAGUCCUUGUCUAAAGUAGCUAACGAGGUUCUUGAGAUUCAAGAAAGAGUGGUUUCUUGCGAUUCUUGGAGUGUUGCUACGUCUGUUGAAUCUGCUAUGUUUGAGAGACUAGGUUCUUUCGAGGGUCCUCUAAAAGCAAAAUACAGAUCCAUUCUUUUCAACAUUGGAGACAGCAGGAAUCAAGACCUGAGAAGGAAAGUGCUGUUCGGUGAGAUCAGUGGAGAAAGGUUGGUGAGUAUAUAUGGAGAAAGAAGAGAUGGCUAG